AUGGAUCCCAACCUCAAGUUGAUCCUCGAGGAGAUUCAGAAGUCCAAGGACGACCUCAAUCGGAGGUUCGACGAGCACAACGAGCAAUGGACACGCCACUUCUCCGACCUUGACAGUUCCCAUUCCACCAGCGCCGCCGCGGUGGACAAGCGCUUCGACGCCCUGGAGACAGCCUGCACCGACCUCGCCACCAACAUCGACAAGCGUGUCGUCGACUUGGAGCGCGCCGACCGCAUCACCGCCUUGGAGGUGGCGGCCUCAGAUCUGGGAACAUGGCACCCGGAGGUUGAGGCACUGGUCGACGAUCUGAAGAAUGAGGUGAAGAAGCUGUCACAGGCGUACGACUGCAAGGCUCCUUCCCCAAACACCUUUCACCAUCAUCCUGCCGGUCGCCUUCCUAAACUUCCCUUCAACAAAUUCAAUGGUGAAAAUCCCUACCUCUGGCGUUUCAAUUGCGAGAAAUACUUCAACAUGAACACAGUUGAUCCAUCUCUGUGGGUCAGCGUGGCUUCCAUGUAUCUAGAGGGCAACACAGCUUGCUGGUAUGAGUCCAUCGAUAAUACACCUGCCAUCGCUACAUGGGCCACUUUCUGUCAAUCUCUCCAUGAUCGUUUUGAUCGCGAUCAACAUGAGGCCUUCAUACGCCAGCUCUUCCAAAUUACACAAACCUCUACUGUCACCGAUUAUGUUGAGCGUUUUACCAAACUCGUUGAUCAGCUCAAGGCCUAUUCUGCUACUACCGAUCCACACUUCUAUACUAUGCGAUUCAUUGAUGGACUCUGGCCUGAGCUUAAAGCAAUUAUUCUUGUUUCCAAACCAAAAAGCUUGGAUGCUGCUAUUUCUAUGGCAUUGGUGCAGGAGGAGGUGGCCACGGUACCGAUGUCUCGCGCGCCGUCCCAGCUGGAUUGGACGUCGUCCACCAAAUUUAUUUCGAAGACGGCGUUGCCAUUGCCGCUCCCACCGCGGCCUGACAAGCAGCCAGCCCCCACUGCGGCAACAACGUCCCCAGCCACUAUGUCCGCUGAUGCUAAGUUGGCCGCCGUCAAGACAUAUCGAUGCGCCAUGGGGCUCUGUUACAAGUGCGGCACGAAAUGGAGCAAGGACCACAAGUGCAAUCCUCAGGUCCAGCUCCACGUUGUUCAGGAACUGUGGGAUCUCCUUCAAGAUGAUGACUCCCCAGCAGAUGCAGCUACCCCUACAGAUACUGAACCUCAUGUUUUCUUGGCUCUUUCUCAAUGUGCUCUUACUGGCAAUUCUGCUCCUCGCACCGUUCAGUUUUCAGGGACAGGUCGGGGCAUUCCAUUGCACAUUUUACUAGAUUCCAGCAAUUCAACAUCUUUCAUAAGCGAGUCGGUGGCAACUCAGCUUAGUCAGGUGUCUGUUAAGCAAUCUCCGUGCCAAGUUCGCAUUGCUGGUGGUGGUACUCUUACAAGUGCAGUUACCCUGCUUGCUGUUCAGUGGUCUAUCGGGCAACUCUGUUUCACUUCUGAUCUUCGGGUUCUCCCACUGACUGCCUUUGAUAUGAUUCUUGGGAUGGAUUGGCUAGAAUCCUUUAGCCCUAUGUAG